AGGCGGUGGACAGCGGUACAUCUGACUGAGACCCACAAUGUCACACACUCCCCGUUGCAAACUAGUUGACUAUUUUGAAGAGCUGAGUGAAGAGGAAUUCGAGAAAUUUAAGAUGCACCUCGAGGACUACCCAGUGGAGAAGGGCUACAAGCCCAUUCGUCGCUCCAAGACUGAGAAAGCUACCCACAUUGAAAUAGCCCGAUACAUGAUUGAGGCAUAUGAUGAUGCCAAGGCCCUGAAGGUGACCGUCAGCAUUCUGGACAGAAUAAAUAAAAAGGAUCUGGCUGCAAGAAUCCAAAACGAGAUGCUGGAAUAUUUUCUUCAGUCUCCAGAAUCAGACGAGACGUUUUCUGGAUCUCAAAAUAAAGUGGAGGUGAUGCUGGAUCCCAAGACAGCUUAUCCCACCCUCAUCCUUUCAGAGGACCUGAAAAGUGUAUACAUGGGUGAACAAGCCCAGGACUUUCCUGACAAUCUUGAACGCUUUAAUUUUUUCCCUUGCGUUCUGGGAACAGAAGGCAUUAAUUCUGGGACUUUAGAGUGGGUGGUUGAGGUGGGCAGGGCCAAACAAUGGGCCAUUGGUGCUGUGCGUGAAUCCAUAAAAAGAAAAGGAUAUUUAAAUAUAAUGGCUACUGAAGGGUUUUGGGUUUUGCAGCUGAUGGAUGGAGAAUAUGAGGUCACCACCACACCUAAAACCAUUCUUCCACUGUGGAAAACAGUUCAACGGAUCCUUGUUUGCUUAGAAUUCAAUUUAAGCAAGUUAUCUUUUUAUGAUGUGGACUCUAUGGAGAUUAUCUUUACUUUCAACUAUCCAUUUUUUGAGAAAAUGUUCCCUUUCUUCCUGACUUGGGACAAAAAAAAUCCAUUAAAAAUAGUACAAAUUACUUCAUCAAAUAAUCUGAGGAAGAACAAGAAGAAAUAGUGUUGUGAAAUGACCCAAUCUGACCCAUUUUCUGUUCAGACCUUGAAGUGAUUGCCAUUGGAUUCAGGGAAUCUUACUUUUGAUUAAAUACAAUAGAAUAUGUUUGAUUAAAUACAAUAGAAUAGUAUUGUUAAUUUCUGAUUUCUGUUCCCUUUAUUCCCUUCAUGGGAAUCUUUAUGAGAAACUUUAGUCUAUGUGUGAAAAAAGUAUGAGAAAUAAAGCUUAUAAAACAUUUACCCAUUAUGUAAAAGAAUUCCAUAAACAAUAAUAUAUGU